AUGGCCAGCAAGAGGCUCCUGGCCCACGUGCUCUCCUUCUCCGCCCACCACCCCAUCGAUCUGGUCUACAACGAGCUACACCCGCAGUGGAUCAAGAGCGUCGAAUCCUUCCUGCGCUGGCGCCCCCGUCUCAAGUCCCUCGCGCUCACCUUCACGCACAUCCAGCAGAUCAACACCCUUUGCUCGCCACGCACACGGACCUUCGCCUCCCUCACCUCCCUCAGUCUCAAGCUCCGCGGCUGUGUCGACAAAUCUUACAUGUUUGACGACGUUGAGAAGGAUGAUGAGGACGAAGUGGAGGAGAAUAACUGGAAAUGGGGCUUAAACUGCUCGAAUCUGCAGCGGGUGAAGCUGGGUCGGGGCAAGUGGGACCUCGAGACUGUGGGGUUCGAGUCGCUGCGCAGCUUGACUCUCAAACACGUGGACUGGGAAUACGUGGAUGUUGAGUAUCUAGGCACGCUCACACCGCAACUCACGGAGCUCACGCUCUAUCAUAGCUGGGAUUUGGACCGGCUGUCCUCAGGUCCCGGUGGUGGCGGCACAUUCACUUUCGACUUAUCGAAAGCUGAAGCCGUCCGCUUUUACUUCCCUCUGAGCAACCUCACGCUCGCCCUCACCCUCUCUCCCUCGCUCAAGACCUUCUCAGCGAUGGGUCAUCAUCUCGUGUUCUCGUGCACGAGCACCGAACCUCUUGCCCUCCACCAGCUGUCGCUAUACGGCCAGCAGCGGCUUGUCAUUUCCUCCCUCCACCUUGCCUCUGCACGAGUGGCCUAUCUCAACGGCCCUCCCAAAGACCUGCACUCACGCGGUGACGACCCCUCUUCCUUCCUGGACUCCCCUGUAUUGUCCCCUGGAAUUUCACCUGAACGUUCCCCUGACAGGCAGGGCUCAGACCGCCGCAGCUCUGCUGAGUUCUCCUGGGUUGAAUGGCUGCGCACUAUAGCGCCAACAGUGGAGGUGCUUAUAGUGAGGCAUGGUGUGCCUGUAGAGGGGGUUGACGCGGAGUGGAGCAGCCUGCGCAGCCUUGGGAUUGUCAUGGAGAGAGAGGAGCGGUUUGAGGUGGAUUUGAAGGUUGAGAAGCGUCGGGAUGACGGUGAGAGGGAGGUUACAGUGGAGGAAAUUCAGGAGCGCAAUGGGAAGCUUUUGCAGGGGCAUUGGCAGAAGCAGAGGCUUUUGCUGCAGCAGCGGCAGCAGCAACUUCUUUCGCAGAAGCAGGAUUUGCAGGAGGGGCAGCAGUGGCUGCGGCAGCAGCAGCAGCAGCAGCAGCAGCAGCAGCAGCAGCAGCAGCAGCAGCAGCAGCAGCAGCAGCAGCAGCAGCAGCAGCAGCAGCAGCAGCAGCAGCAGCAGCAGCAGCAGCAGCAGCAGCAGCAGCAGCAGCAGCCGCCUCAGCCCCAGCAGCCGCAGCAGCCACAGCAGCAGCGGCAGCGGCAGCGGCAGCAGCCGCAGCAGCAGCGGCAGCAGCAGCGGCAGCGGCAGCAGCAGCAGCCGCAGCAGCAGCUGGUGCAGCAACAUAUGCAGCAGCAGCAGCUUUUACGGCUGCAGCACCAGCAGCAGCGCCAGGAGCAGCAGCUUUUACGGCAGCAACAGCAGCUUAUGCAGGAGCAGCGGCAGCAGGAGGAGGAGGAAGAGGAGGAGCAGAAGAAGCAACAGCAAGAAGUAAGACCUUUGUUUAUCUUGGCUCCAAACCUGCGAGCAAUCUUCUUCCCCACCAGCGCAUGGGAGGAGCAAACCCUCGCUUCCCUCCGCGAAUUCUGUCCCUCUCUCGCCCUGUACUGCAUCUCACGUCGCUCAUUCUACUGGGAGAAGCAGGGAAGAGAGUUGCCUGAGACCCCUGUGGUGCAUGUGAGGGAGGCGAGAAGCGGGGUGCCACGUGCUUGCUUUGCGGAGAAGCGGCCGAAGAACGUGCGGGAGAAGAUGCACAGUGUGAAUAGGGAGCUGGUGAAUGAGUACAGUGUUGAUGUGGAUGAGGCGUAUAUGUUUAAGUACAAAGGCAGGAUGUGGCAGACAUAUUGGGGUGAUGUUUGA